GUCCCCGCCCCACCGUCGCCGCCGGGGCCCGGCCAUAAAGCGGCGGCCCCGGGCCUCGGGUCCGCUCCUUUCGCCGUUCCGCCGAGCCAUGGCCGCGGCCCGGCGCAGGGCGGCGGUGGGGCUGGGGCUGGCCGGGGCGGCCUGCGCCCUGCUGGGGGUCUGCCUGCUGCUGGCCGGGCCCGCCAUCGUCAAGGAGCAGGUGGUCAAGAACGUGAGGAUCAACCCCAGCAGCAUCUCCUUCGGCAUGUGGAAAGACAUUCCGGUCCCCUUUUACCUGUCGGUGCACCUCUUCGAAGUGGUGAACCCCAACGAGGUCCUCGAGGGAGGGAAACCAAUCCUGAACCAGCGUGGGCCAUACGUUUACAGAGAGUUCAGGUACAAAACGAACAUCACAUUCCAUGACAAUGACACCGUCUCCUACCUGGAAUAUCGGAAGCUCUUCUUCCAGCCAGACUUGUCUAAUGGCACCGAAGAUGAGUACAUUGUCAUGCCAAACAUCCUGAUGUUGGGAGCAUCUGUCAUGAUGGAAAACCUGCCAAACUUUGUGAAGCUUUUACUGAGCGGGGCCCUGGCUGGCCUGAAACAGGAGGCCUUUAUGAACCGGACGGUGGGGGAGAUCCUGUGGGGCUAUGACGACCCUCUUUUAGACACAAUAAAUAUGAUUGUUCCUGGCCUGAUCCCGUUCAAGGGGAAAUUUGGCAUGUUAAUAGGGUUUAACAGCUCCAAUACCGGAUUGUUCACCGUGUACACGGGCAUGAAGAACAUCAGUAGAGUUCACAUGGUGGAUUCAUGGAAUGGGUUAAAGAAGGUGAACUACUGGCAGAGCACCGGGUGCAACAUGAUCAAUGGGACCGCGGGGGAGAUGUGGCCGCCGUUCAUGUCCCCGACGUCGUUGGAGUUCUACAGCCCCGAUGCCUGCAGAUCCAUGACACUGGUGUAUGAGCAGUCGGGGGAGUUUAAGGGUGUGCCCACCUAUCGCUUUGUGGCCCCGAAAACACUCUUUGCCAAUGGCACGGACUAUCCCCCCAAUGAAGGCUUCUGCCCCUGCAGGCAGUCCGGCAUCCAGAACGUCAGCACCUGUAGGCUGAAUGCACCGAUGUUCAUCUCCCAUCCUCACUUCUACAACGCCGACCCAAGCCUGGUGAACGCCGUUGAAGGCCUGCACCCCAGCAAGGAGCACCACGCGCUCUUCCUCGACGUGCACCCGAUGACGGGCAUCCCCAUGAAUUGCUCCAUCAGGCUCCAGCUGAAUCAGUACUUGAAGCAGGUGUCUGGUAUAAUUCAAACAGGGAAAAUUAAGCCAGUGGUGCUGCCGCUGCUGUGGUUCGCAGAGAGUGGAUACAUUGAAGGCUCAGUCCUAAAGCAGUUUUACACCAGCCUGGUGCUGAUCCCAUCCAUCCUAGACUACCUGCAGUACAUCUUCCUUGGGCUCAGCGUCCCGCUCAUCAUCUCAGCUGCUGUACUCAUGAUGAUGAGUCAGAGAUCCGCCGACGAGAAGAACCCGCGUGACCCCGCCACGCCAAGUGCGCCGCCCCAGUUCUCUGAGACAACGCCGCUCCUACAAGACUCCAGCACGCCGUGCCAGGAUGCCGCUGAAGCCUGAGCUGCCGGCCCUGGCAUGCUUCCUGCUGAGGCACGCGGGGCGAGAACCACUUUGGAUCCCCAGGGGUCUCUGGAAGGUGACGUUGUCCUGGGCAGCUCUGCAGAGACCCUGCACUGUUCGGCAAAGCCACGGGCCAGCACCUCUGCACCAGUGCUCCUGCGCUGGGCACACAGUGGGGAAUGUCCUCGUCCAGCCCCCCCGAAACACAGCGUUCGAGAGCCCUUGGCCAAAAGGGGCCCACACUCACUGCAGUCCCUCUGUCCCUGAGGGCAGGCAGGACUGAAGACUGCUGCUGGCUGAUCUAUUGUUUUGCAAUUUAAAACUGUCUAUUGCCAGGAAUAAAAGGCACUUUAAUAGGAGUCUUUAGAAUAAACAAGGUUUGUAUAC